UGCAAACUUCACAAUCUGAAUAUCAUUGCUUUUAAUGAAGUUGCAUUGUUAAUGUAAGAGAGAAUAAUUUUUUAAAAACACAAAACAUUAAUGUCAAUAAUUUAAUUCUCAGGUAUUAGAGUAAAAUUUCAUUAAAAAGUUAUUCGAAAUAUCGAUUGUUAUAGAUUUAUUUUUUAAAUAAUUUCUAAUAAUUUUGAAUUUUUGUUUUUUUACAAUUUUAAUUUUAUUUUUUAAUUUAUAUACUAAAAAAUAUUAAAAUAAUAUAAAAAAUAAAUUGAGUAAUAUAUUAAAACAUGUGUUAUUUUUUUGAAUAUACGGGGAGAUUGAUAUUUAUGAACAAAUACUAUGAUAUUUAUAAAAUUAAAAACAAAGUUCGUCAUUUAUUUACAUUUUAAUUCUUCAUGUCUUGGAUCAAAGAUCAAUACUUAAUGAAUUCAAAAAGCGAAUACGAAAUAAGAAUUCAUCAACAUUUCAGUAAUUAAACUCAUUUUGCUUACAUGCAUAUUUUAUGAAGAACUAUACUAUGUUCUACUAAAAUACAAAAAUGUUCAUUUUAAGACUAUUUUUAAGUAAAUAAUAAAGCUAAUAUAUAAUUAACAUUUUUCUAAUUAUUAAAAUUAUUUCAUUUAAUAUUCGUGGACAAUUAUUGUAGUAGUUUUAAAUAGAAAAUAUAGUUCUUUGCAAAUUUGAAAAUUGAUUACGUUACAUGCUUUUUGAAAUAAGCUCACAAUAUAAAUAUAAAGUCAAUAGAUCGAAGAUAUUUGUUAUCGAGAUUUACGUUAAAUUAUGUUUCUGAUACAUUUAUCCAUUAUUUCAAAUUUUAUCAGAAUUAUAAGAGAAAAAGAAUUUUUAGAGGUUAAUGACGCAUUCGUUUCAUUUUAUCAUCAAAUACAAACAGCAAGUAUUUGAAUGUUAGUAGAGUAUUUAUACAUACCUAAACACAUGAAAAUGCAGUGGAUGAAUUUUCGAAGAUUUCUUGAAGCAGUGAAAAGAAUUAAUUUAUUAAAUAAGCGUCAAGUUAGCAUUAAUUGCAAGACUGUUGUUUGUAGUUCUGAUGUAGAACUGGCUAAGAAAAAUGGAUUACCAAUUGUGGCUUUGGAAUCUACAAUUAUUACUCAUGGGAUGCCUUAUCCUGAUAAUUUGAAGACAGCCAUUCAAGUGGAAAAUGUUGUCAGAAAGAAAGGUGCUAUACCUGCAACUAUAGGAAUAUUAAAUGGACAGAUACAUGUUGGUUUAAACAAUGAACAACUGCAAACAUUAGCUAAAUCAGAUUCUAUUAAAACUAUUAAAUGUUCACGCAGAGAUAUAUCAACAGUUGUUGCUCAAAAACUAAAUGGAGGAACAACUGUUAGUGCAACAAUGUUAAUAGCAAAUUUACUAGAUUUGCCCAUAAUGGCAACAGGAGGUAUUGGCGGUGUUCACCGUGGAGCAGAACAGACUUUUGAUAUUAGUACUGAUUUAAUAGAGCUUGGACAUACCCCUGUAGCUGUUGUUUGUUCUGGUGUUAAAUCUAUAUUAGAUAUUGAAAAGACAUUAGAAUAUCUGGAAACACAAGGAGUUCCAGUUGUAAAAAUUGGUAAAACAGACUAUUUUCCUGCAUUUUACUGCACUGAAACAUUCCAGAGAACAAAAGUGCCACAUAUUGUAUCAAAUUCACAAGAAGCAGCAAAGAUUCUUAAAGCACAAAGAGAAUUAGGUCUUCAAACAGGAUUAUUGUUUGCUGUCUCUAUUCCUGAAGAAUAUGCAUUAGAUUCUAAAGAAAUGGAAUUAGCCAUAUGUAAUGCUUUAGAAAGUGCAAAGAGUAAAAAUAUAAGUGGAAAGAAUGUCACACCAUUUUUGCUAGAAGAAUUAAAUAAAAUUACGCAUGGUCAAUCUCUUCGAGCUAACAUGGCAUUCAUAGAAAAUAAUGCAAGUGUAGCGGCAGAAAUUGCAAUGAACUUGGCUGAAAAAUGUUCCCAAAGUUCUCUCAACAAUAAUGCAUCCAAAUGCACCCUGACAGCAGAACAAAAUCCAUUACAUUUUUACCCAUACUUGGCUAUGGUAGUCCUAUUGGGUUUACCAUGUACGAAAUAACGUACAUACCAUAUCUAACCAUUUACAGAUACAGUAAAUUAGGUUUCUUAAGCAGGCACUAUUCAAAGCUCCCUCUCUUUCAUUCGUCUCGAUAUACGUAUUACAUUUAAAUGUCAAUCAGUUACAAAUUACUACACAUGUUGAACCAUUUUUAAAGCCUUUCUCAUUAUAGAAUUGUUAUUCAUUGUUGUCUGGAUAUAUGUACGUCUAACUAAAACAUAGAGUUACGAGUCUUUCGUUCGUUUAACGAGUAUACGAUUUAACGAUUGAACGAAUCGAAGGAACGAAUUAAAACGUGAAAAACAGUAUAUCACUGUUCCGUUUAGCCAAAAGUUUUGAAGCUUAUUCUAAUUAAAGGUAGCAUGUAGGUUCUCAUGUUUCUGGGCGGCUUGCAGUAACAUAGUUGCCUUCCUAAAUGAACGGUUUAAAAAUUAAUUAACGCUAUCUGUUGUAUGUUUUACAUAUAGUAUAUCCUUAUAUACAUUUAGUGGCAGAGGCUGUAUGUCUGCGAGGUGUAAGCUUUCAUAUUAUUAUUAUUGUAGCUUAGUACAUUCAACGAUAACUCGAUGGCCUGAU